UGGAGGGGAGCUGUUUGAAGACAUUGUUGCCAGAGAAUACUAUAGUGAAGCAGAUGCUAGCCAUUGUAUUCAGCAGAUCCUGGAAGCUGUCUUGCAUUGUCAUCAGAUGGGUGUGGUGCAUCGGGAUUUAAAGCCAGAGAACCUCUUGCUGGCCUCCAAACUGAAGGGAGCUGCUGUUAAACUAGCUGACUUUGGUCUUGCUAUUGAAGUGGAAGGAGAACAGCAGGCCUGGUUUGGUUUUGCAGGCACUCCAGGUUACCUUUCUCCUGAAGUACUCCGGAAGGAUCCCUAUGGCAAAGCUGUUGACCUUUGGGCAUGUGGAGUUAUUCUCUAUAUUCUACUGGUUGGCUAUCCUCCUUUCUGGGAUGAGGAUCAACACCGAUUAUAUCAGCAGAUCAAAGCUGGAGCCUAUGAUUUUCCUUCUCCUGAGUGGGAUACUGUUACUCCUGAAGCAAAAGACCUCAUCAAUAAAAUGUUAACAAUCAACCCAUCCAAACGUAUCACAGCAGCAGAAGCUCUGAAGCAUCCAUGGAUAUCACACCGUUCCACUGUGGCUUCUUGCAUGCACAGACAGGAGACUGUUGAUUGCUUGAAGAAAUUCAACGCCAGAAGAAAGCUAAAGGGUGCAAUCCUUACUACAAUGCUAGCAACACGUAAUUUUUCUGGAGGGAAAAGUGGUGGCAACAAGAAGAAUGAUGGUGUGAAGGAAUCUUCAGAGAGUACAAAUACCACCAUUGAAGAUGAAGACACUAAAGUACGUAAACAGGAAAUCAUUAAGGUGACAGAACAGCUGAUUGAAGCAAUAAGUAACGGGGACUUUGAGUCCUACACUAAAAUGUGUGACCCCGGAAUGACAGCAUUUGAACCAGAAGCUCUGGGGAACCUUGUGGAAGGGCUGGAUUUCCAUCGAUUCUACUUUGAAAACUUGUGGUCCAGGAACAGCAAGCCCGUGCACACAACCAUCCUGAAUCCACAUAUCCACUUAAUGGGAGAUGAGUCUGCCUGCAUCGCUUACAUUCGUAUCACACAGUAUGUGGAUACAAGUGGGAUCCCACGCACUGCCCAAUCGGAGGAGACGCGAAUCUGGCACCGCCGGGAUGGCAAAUGGCAAAUUGUUCACUUCCACAGAUCUGGAGCACCUUCGGUUUUACCACAGUACAAUAUGACCCUUUCCAUGCAAAGUAGAGCUGCACCUAUUCAUUUGGCCGCUAUAGACGGGUAAGAAUUUCAUUAAAUUAAUUUAUCAAACAUAUAAACAUGCACAACUGUCAAGAUGAUUCCGUAUUUGUCUACAAAGGACGUUCAUGCAGAGUUAAACAAGUGAUAAAAAUAAUGGAUUAUAUGAGGCAAGCAUGGCUAGCUGUGAACAACCUGUUUGAGAAAACAAGGUUUCGGUGGAGGAAAAUUUGCCCAUUCCUACCUCCCAGCCUAAAAAGCUACAGUGAAGCCCUUUUUUAUAACUGGGUUGAAGCUUACAUGUAUGCUUUGUCUUGCAUAUUCUUUUAUAUCAGAAUUUGAGGGUUGGAUAUGCUAUCUUCUCUCUUCAAGAGAAAAUGACUUUUUAAAGCAGUUCUUGGGGCUUUGUGGGCCAACCCUAACUGAACCUAUUAGCACAGGUGUGGGGUACGAUGGCCCCUUUAGGACUUGUGGACUUCAACUCCCAGAACUCCCAUGCUGGCUCAGGAACACUGGGAGUUCAAGUCCACAAGUCAUAAAGGGGGCAUCAUUCCCCACACAUGUAAUAGCAGCUGGUCAUUAGGCAGUUAUUAGCAGGCUGUUCUCCUCCAGUCCCAGAGGAUCAUUGGCAAGAAGAAGCCCUUCCAACAUAGCAGCCAACUUCCAUACGGUACAUAUUUGCUGUUAAGGGCCACCUUUAUUUCCCCAGAUUGUGAGAGCUGAAUACCAGUAGCAAACUAGAUUCCAUAUUUGCCCACAGAGGACACUCGUAGAGCUUUAGACAAGUGACAAAAAUAGUGAUAUGGAGGCAAGAAAGGGUAGCUGUGAAGAACCAGUUUUAGGAAACAAUGUUUGGUUGGAGUAAAACAACUAUUUCUUUUUGUGUCUUUCAGCUGAAGCACCUGCCUUGCAGGCCAAGUUUCUCACUGCCUCACUAUAAAAGGAAGAUACUUGUUAUCCUUUACCUAGGGAACUUGGCAGCUGGCUCUCCUAUUUGUUUCUUGCUGGGAAUUCCUUUUACCCUUGGAACUCCUUACCAAAAUAAACUGAGCAUUUAGUAGACUUUUCUCCUCCUGUUUCACCUGGUUCAUGUUUGCUAUUCUGUGCCAUCCUAGUAGAAGACAGCAUGUGUCAUGGCCCUGUUGCAGGAAACGGCUUUCAGUAGACAACGAGAAACCAACAUGGAAGAGGCUGAGAUAAAGCCUUCAUCAAAUAGAAAACCAGCACUUUCUGGCUUCAGCCCCCAUCUCCUGGAAGUUAUAAGCUACAAGUAGCUGCUCCUUCUAAUGGGAGGCCAUUUUGAUUGGAACAUCCAGACACCACGUGAAGAAGCCACUCUGAGUCAAUGCCAGCCAUUUUCAGUUGUACCUGGAACCAGCUGUCAACUCAAUCCGAUGCCACACCCUCCUAAACCCAGGAGGCAGGCAACUAACUUAUUAGGUGGCCAUACGCAUCAAGUAAAUAAACAAAAUUAUUUGGUUUAAACUAUUAAUUACAUAAAUUCCAAACAACUUUCUAUUACUCGAGAAAAUCUCUAUGUUCACAAAUUUUCCUUGGAGUGAAUUAAGCUUUAUUCUGAAUGGCGUUGCCAAUUUUCAGAUCUGUGGACUUCAACCCCUCCCCCAUCCUGGGUGAGGAAUUCUGGGAAUUGAAGUCCACACAUCUUAAAGCUGUCUCAUUUAAAAAAAAAAACUGUUAUAAGUAACCAUAAAAAAAAAUAGCUUGAAAAUAUUGAGCCCACAACAAUUAUUUUCAUGUUAGUUUUCACUAUAGUGAGAUAUUUUCAAAAUAGUGAAAUAUAGUGAAGUAUAUAAUUACCACUAUUCAAUUUAUAACAGAAGCUUCAUUUAUUUAUGAUCAGUUGGGAAACAGCUGCCUAAAAAAAGUGCUGUUUUGACUUCACAGGCUACUGAGUUAGACUUUGUCUCAGCAGGCCUUUUGUUUCCUUAUUUUUAACAAUGUGAAUUUUAUUUUCUCUCUGCCUCUUCAAGAUGUGGAUUCUUAACUAGACAAUAGCAGUAGCCGGGCUCCCAGUUCUGGCUCUCUCUCUUUGCUACUACAGUAUCUAGCAGUCAGCUGAAUUUUGGUAGCACUAAGCCAUUAAAUAAAUCAACAAAUGACUCCCAAAGCCCUCCCUCUACCUUCAUCCACCUUUCCUACAUAUGAAUUUCAGGAAACAUGGCAGUAUGGAGGAUACCUAUAGUGUGAAACAAAACUGCCCCUUAAUUUGAAAUAAAAAUAGAGGCUAACCCUUUCCAGCAGAGAUAGAAAAUGCAAGCUUUACAAAGGACACUUUGAGGCUUUUCGAUGAUGCUUUUAACAAACAAAAUGAAACCUUUCGCUAUUUCUUGUACUUUUGCAUGCCUUUUUACAGGAAAAAUGAAACCCGUGUUAUUUCGUAAACUUUUGAGUAUUGCUGAAAUGGAUCUUUAUGUAAUACCUAGAAAUAUCAACUCUUUGGGUUUGUGGUUGAUUUUUUUAAAAUAAAGUUGGGGCGGGGUGGGUGACUUAAUAUGUUAUUGUUUACAUUUGGAGUUGACUUGUGAUAAGUUGUUAUGAAAAGUGUAAAAAGGUACAAGAAACUAAAAAACGGGGAAGAAGGAUGUGUGACAUGGCCCUAUGGAAAGGCAGAAAGAAGUUUACACAAAUAUAAGAACCUUGCCAAGGGUUCACUUGUUAUAUGCUGCGGAGGCCUGACAAUCCAAACUGCACAUCUGAAUGGCAUCAUGAAGACAGAAUCAACGUUGGAACAGUGGCAAUACCUGUUAAUAUAUCAUGACAUAAAAGCCAGCUUGAAGAAACAGAGAAAUAAGCCUGUAUAUUUUUUUUUUUUUUGAAUGACAGAGAAAACAUGUUGAAAAUGACCUGGAAGGCAUCAACUACUUGCCUUCCAAGGAUAGAAAUAAGAAGCCUGAGGGUUGUUGUCGUUGUUGUUUUUAUUAUUAUUUUGGCAGUGUCUCUGUUCCUUGUUCCCUUUUAUUUUUUUCCAGCUUUAAGAGUCUUUACUCUUUGGUGUGAGAUUAACUGCCAUGCACUUCUACUACCGGGGGAAUGAAUUUAUAAAUGGCGCUUCCUUCAUUUGCAUGACAUCUAACUUUAUAGACCGCUAUGUGUAUUUCAAAACAAACCAUGCUGGUUUAGGAACAAUUACAACAGAAAAUGGAUAAGCUUGCUGUAUACAUUUUGAAUGAUGUAGUUUUACUUUUUCCGUAAAAUGCUUAGCUUUCCAUCUUCUAAGUGUGAAUACAUGAUGCUAUAAAAACUAUGUUUGCAAAAAGGCAAGAAUAAUUUCCCACUGGAGCAGGGGGGGGAAGUGAUGACAAUUACAGGGCGCCUACUUGAUAGGAUUUGAUUGCCUUAAAUAGAAGUUUACUUUUUUACAAAGUAGAAAUAUACCAUUUACACAAAACUGAUAACAUAAUUGGAUGAUUCAAUGCUCCAUUGGAGCUGUGAAGAAUUAUAUUGAGAUUAUUUGAGUUGAGAAGGGCUUUUAGAGUUCAAGAGGUAUUGUAUGAUUGUAUGGAUCUGAAUACGUGUUCAUAUUUAAACUUCUUGGGUUUCAGAACAUUUUGGGGGGAAGGGGUCCUUACCCAGUUCUAUCCUGAUAUUUCACAUUAAUAUGGUCCUCAUUAUCAUGAACAUUUAUUUUUGAAGGGUCAUUCUCCCACAGAUCAUAAUUUUAUAUUAUCACUAAGCCUUCUACUCAGCCCUGGAUUCCAAGGAAGAAAUGGAUCUUCUUUUUAGCUUGAAUCUCCUUUUAACUCAUUCAUCCUUAAAUAAUUGGCUAGAGACCUACUGUUGUGCUCUUUCCUCAUGAAAAUCCCAGUUUAGGUAAUAAAUCUUAAACACUUUUCAGCUUUGCUAAACUUUGACAGCCUAUCUUGCCUGAGUUUUCACUUGUAGAAAGAGUCCUACCUAUGUUGUCUAUCAAGAGUAGCCAUUGAGUAUCUUUCUUGUGGCAACUUAAACAUUGCAUUUUGUAAUAUUUUAUAGCUUCCAUCGUCAUUUUGAGCAAUGCUUUGAUAAGCUAAGAGAAGCUAGAAUCUACAGGAAGUUGAGUUGAGUUUUUAGUCUUCCAGUUUAAAAAAAAAACCCU